AUGGCCAGCUCCAUUAUGAGCGACCUGUCUACCGACGACAUACAGGAGCUGGCAGAGCUGGAGAAGCUCCUUCCAGCAAACGUACAUGCCCAAGUCAAAAUGCUGAAGCAUGUAAUCAUAGGGCUUAAGAGGAAGCUGAAGGUUGAAAAUGAGGCCCACAUGGCUGUCCGGCGCGAACUGUGCAACUAUUUUGCAGAUUCUGAUACAGACAAUUCGUCCAUAUCCGCGCAAGGAAAAUCCGAUCGCAGAGCCUUGGCAGAGAUUGGUAGCGCGGAAGAAAAGCUUAUUUCAGUCAAGGCUGAGCUAGCAUCCUUAACCUCCAAAUAUGGUGACUUGUACCGAAAUCUGAUCUACCUUCGUGAGCAGUACGAAUUACUACGCAAGUCUGAUGAAAGUAAAACGCAAAGGAUCGCUGAGUUGACGUCCCAGUUAGAACAGAGCGAAAAGUCUGCCCUAAGCAUGCAGGAGGAGGUUGGGCGGGCAAAGGAGCUACAUACAAAAAUGGAGAAAGAUAAUGACGAGUUGCAGGCAGAAAACAUCAAAUUGAAGUCUGAACUCAGCUCUACUAGCUAUCUUAGUGACAAAAACGCAACAGAUCUAAAGGCGCAACUAGCCCAGGCGUCUACUGAAUUAGCUGUAAUCAAGGAUGCACACAAUAGACUCAAGCUGGAAAAUGAACGGCUCUAUGACAAGCUCAGGACAACGGAUGACAAUAGUCGCGCAUCAGCAAAUGCAGAGUUUAGGAAGGAACUUGACUCCAAGGCUUUGGAAAUAGCAAGGCUCACUGCAGAGUUGGAGGCCACACGAAAGGAAUGCGCCACGAUCCAUGCACAGUAUGAGGUGCUUCAGGCAGAAAGUAAGGCGCAGAUAUCACAAUUGACAGAAAAGUCCACCUAUGAACUCUCGCGCUUACGGACUGAAUACGAGAGCAAGCUUGCCUCAGAACGAAAGCAGGCCGACAGCAAUAUAGAUCUUCAGGCUGAAAAGCACUCUCUUGCACUUGCUACGGAGGCUGCACGUCAUGACAAAGAAAAGAAUGAACUUAAGCAAGAUCUGAAGCAAAAGCAAACAGAAAUAGACCUCUUGACCAAACAAGUUGGGGAUGGAAGGAGAGCCCUCUUGGAGCUUAGGACCCGACGCCAAGCAGACGCUGAUCAAUUUUCGGCGCGGAUGAAGAUGUGCAAGAUUAUGUUAGAGGAGUAUCAAGCACGCCUUAUUGCAAGUGGAGAGACCGUUGAUCCGCACGAUUGUGAGCAGUUAAGCAUGCCUUUCUGUGAGCUGCCUGACCCAAUCAGAGCAUUUCCAGUGAUGGAGACAAACACUCAUCAUCAAGGGUAUGCUUUACAACACCUACCCGGUAAUAUACCGGGGCCUACUCCCAGCAAUCCUAGUGUUACUCAGCAGUCAGAGCAGCAGCUCCAUAAUGUUGUCCAGUUUGUUGAUCCAGAGCCUAGUAUCCAGAUGGCAGACACCGUUGAUAUUUCAGUUAAGUCCAGCAUAAUCGAGCAAAAUCAGUCGGAAGAAUUGUUUUCUAUAGAUACAGACAAGGAUGCCGAUGAACUUACAUAUGAAAUAUCUAUAUCAAAUCUCUACCUCAAACGAGAUCUUCUCCCCGCAGAUGCCUUGGAGAACACACACUAUAUAUUCAUCGUUGUGCAUUUCUGGGACUUUCAGCCUCUCGUAUCUCGUGCCAUAGAAUUCAAUGGAACUCGACGGCAACUUCAGCUGGAACUAGAAUUUGUAGCGCGGAACCUCUCUGUUACACAAAGCCCCCUCUUCGGGCUCUACGUGGAGACGCGGGGCGCGCGGGUCGAGGCCUACGGGGCGGGCGCGGCCGGGACGCGGCUGCUCGGGGCGGCAGAGGUCCGGCUCGGGGGCCUGCUCGACGGGCGGGAGGUGCAGGCGGAGGCCCCGCUGGUCUGGGCAGGCGCAGAGAUCGGGCGCGUGGCGGCGCGGAUCGCGGCGGAGCAGGCGCUCCGAGUCCAGAAGUAA